AUGUCUGGUCACGGUAAAGGAGGCAAAUUAAAAGCGAAGCCGAAGAGUCGAUCUGCACGAGCUGGUCUUCAGUUUCCAGUGAGUCGCGUUCAUCGUUUUCUCCGCAAGGGGAAUUAUGCGAAACACAUCGGUGCCGGUGCUCCUGUUUAUCUGGCGGCUGUCAUGGAGUAUUUGACUGCUGAGAUUUUGGAAUUGGCAGGCAAUGCAGCUCGCGAUAAUAAGAGAAGUAGAAUUAUUCCUCGUCACAUUCAAUUGGCGAUUAAAAAUGACGAAGAAAUAAAUCAGCUUUUGUCUGGAGUGACAAUUUCUCAAGGCGGAGUUUUACCUCACAUUCAUUCUGUCCUUUUGCCAAAGAGGACUGAAAAGAAAGAAUAA